CAGCAAGACCUCUGUGGCUCUUCUGUAGCGCCAGUGCUGAGAUCGGGAGGCGGCAAGAGGCCAGGAGGGAAGUGAGCGGUGUCGGAAGGCGAUAAGCCAGAUGAAGAAGGGACUCGUUAAGUUAGCGAGAUGGGUGGGCUUCACCAUCCAUCUGAGAGAGCUCAGGGAUCGUGAGAACUCUGUGCCUGGGUAUUACGUCCACAGCGGUGAGCUGAAGGAGUUCCACAGAGCCGCAUAUUUAGGUUACAGGCGUGAAGUGCAGGAGUUGCUGUCAUGUAAAAACAAUGUCGUAGACAGCAGAGACAGGAGGAACAGGACUGCCCUACACUUAGCCUGCAGCAGCGGCAAGUCAUCAGUGGUGACUCUCCUCAUACAGUGGAAGUGUGAUCUGAAUGCUCGUGACGAGGAAGGCAAGACAGCUCUCAUGAAGGCUGUAGAAUGCCAGGAAGAAGUAUGUGUCACUAUCCUGCUGAAACGCGGUGCUGACCCAAAUCUUAAGGACAACUGUCAGAACACUGCUCUGCAUUACGCUGUCUUGGCUGAAAAUACAUCAAUUGCAACAAAGCUGCUCCGCUAUAAUGCAGAUAUCGAGGCGAUAAACAAGUAUAACUUCACACCAUUUUUACUCGCCGUCAGGGAGAACAAAGAAGAAAUGGUCAAAUUUUUGAUAGAGAACGGGGCAAAUGUACAUGCAGUUGACGAUUUUCAAAGAUCAGCACUGAUGCUUGCUGUAUUUCAUGACUCACCGGACAUAGUCAAGCUACUUCUUCAGAAACGUGUUAAUGCCGAUUCUCGAGAUUUACACGGAAUGUCUGCUGAAAGAUAUGCUCGUCGUAAUGGUUUUAAACUUGUUGGUACUAAAACUGGUUUUAACAUGAUCUCGGCAGCUGGGUCUGGGGUCUGGAUGUUGCUCUCCAAAGACCUUUAAUAAAACUUUAAAAGAAGAAAAGGAAAAAGACACUGGUCCUGCAAUCGGGUCGUGAUUGACCUCUGCUCCCGGGAUGCCUGUGCUGAUCCAGUUUCCGCGGUCUUCGUGGUGAUAGACACGUAAACUUCAGCGUGACGGCUUGUUUAGUUCUCAUACAUAUGCUUGUAUGAGGUCAUAUAUUUAUAAAUAAAUGUAGCUACAAGUUAUAUAGUAGCUGAGGUGCCCUGAAGUAUAAACCACGAAGAACAGCUAAUCACCGUAAUUUGUAACAUUUUCUGAAAACUGCCACAUUUAAAUGUUACACCUAUAAAA